GGGGUUAAUCCUUACUGUACCUCUCCCGGUCAUCGGCAAGCUCCACCUACUUCCUGUACAUACUACUCUACUCUGUACAUACCUAAUAGCUAGGAAAGUAAAUAAUUUCUCUCCAAAAGUCCUCUAGACACGGGAUAGGUCUAGUGUCCCGAGUACAGCUUCAGCAUUCCUUCUCAAAUGAAAUAGCUCGCAGAGAACGAGUUUGGUUCGAGGUGAAUAUUUUUUCCCCUUUCACGCAUGGAAUCGUCGGUAUGCUGCGAUCAUAUUCGCACAAUGCUACCAAAGCUACAAAUUUGAUACAUGCAGGUGGGCUUUUGCAGCAAUGUUCGAAAAUACAUAUACCACCAUGGAGGCCUGCAUCACCAUUAGAUGAGUAUGAAUAUGAAGGUCCUGUCCGAACUCUCGUAUGUUCUUGCUAACCAUUUUAGAUGGGUUGCCAAAGAUGCCAGGCCUAUCAGUUUACGCCAACUUAUGGUAUUCGGGCGAUCGUUAACUGAAGCUCGACUUGUAAGCUCUGCAAAUUAUGUGCGAACAGAGCUCCCUACCAGGUGAAUAUGCUGUUUUUCUUACGCCUUCUAUUCCUGAAUUAACAAGAGUGACAGAUUGGCGCACCGCAUACGAGAUAUGCAAACGCUUCCGUAUGUCGUGGUCACCAAUCCGCAUAUGAGUCAAGUCUACGAGUUAUACUAUAAAGCAUUUGAAAGCUUCCGGCGGGUGCGCGAGAUCAAAACAUUAGACGAUAACGAAAGACUAUGCAAAGUCAUCAGCAGUACCCUACAAGAGCAUCUUACCGUGAUUCCAAAAUUAGCAAUGGGCGUAUUAGAAUGUCGAGAUCUAAUGAAUCCACUGGAUAUGGACAAAUUUAUGAAUACAAUUUUACGAUCGAGAAUAUCCCGACGGGUUAUUGCAGAGCAACACAUAGCAUUAACAGAGACCUUCCAUUCUCAUUGGCAUUUUCCUGAUGGGAAACCAGUAGAGGCGGAAUUCGUGGGUGAAGUCUUCUUGAGGUGCAAUGCGAAGGAGGUGGUCGAACGAGUGGGUAAGGAAGUUCAGGCCCUGAUGUCGGCAACCUAUGGAUCUACCGCGAUUAUGCCUGAGAUCCGGCUCGCGGGACAUCUCGAAGCUACAUUCCCAUACAUUCUCAGCCAUCUCGAAUACAUAAUCGGCGAGUUAUUACGGAACUCGAUUCAAGCCGUAGUCGAAAAGCAAAAAACCGGUCGUAACAUGAACAAACCACCACCACCCAUAGAUGUAACAGUCUGCGAAGCACCUCAACACGUAAUAAUUCGAGUGUCGGAUCAAGGAGGCGGUAUACCGCGAGAUAUCCUUCCGUACCUCUGGGCAUUCAGCAAAGGACCACGCAGCAAUCAACGCCUCGAAAACCUCAACCAAGUUCCAAAAAUGGCUGCAACCAUGCAAGAACUACGGGUGACGGAUGAGGCACUACCUGGACUUCAGAGAAGCGGAGAAACCAUCGGUAAUCAAGGUCCCAGCUCCACAUCCACACACGAAACAUCCCUCUCCUCGUUAACUAGCCGCCCUCCCAAUCUUCGACUGGGUAUGGGCCUACCUCUAAGCCGUGUAUAUGCCGAAUACUGGGCUGGGAGUUUGGAGCUGCACAGUCUAGAGGGAUACGGCUGCGAUGCAUUUCUACAAAUAUCGAAACUGGGGAAUAAGAAUGAGCAGUUGACCAUGAGAGCCAGUAUGGAUGCUAUAUAGCAGGAUAUGAUCUUUUGAAUAUACCCGGGAUAAUUUGAGUUACCUUCGAGCAUGGAUAUCAUUAUACCAGAUUUACAUACUUUUAUUAGAGAUUAGGCGUUGAAGUUGUAUGGGAUUUGCGGUGGGUCUAUAUAUAUAAGCGAUCAGACAGUUUAGGACAGAAAUCAACAGUACAGAUGCAGAGUAAUAAGAAGUAGAGUG